GCUUUAUGUCGCCGCCAGUCUGUGGAUUACAGACUUUAUGCAGUGUUUGAGGUCACUAGGUUUAAAUUCCUUUUAAUUAUAAACCUGUGACUGACAUCCGUCAUCCAACAGAUCAGUCAUAAUGAUGUGUCAGAGCUGUUGUCAGUCUGUGACACUUAAGGGAGACCUCUUCAAUCUUUACUAGGCAUCUAACAAUUAGCCAUGAGUUGUAAUUGCCCUGUUGUAACAAGAUUAGGAUAAAGCGAGUGGAUUAAAGUGCAAAGCAGCUGCUCUCAGUUUUUACCGUAAACACAACACCCAAGAUGAGAUGGAGUCUAUGCAGGCUGUUUGUAGGCAAAUGCAAGAGAGAUGGAGGAAAAGACUCUACUUAGUUACGUUCAAACUGGGAGUCACUUCCAAGUAUUCCUACCUCAGUCUCAUAGGUCAUAGCACGCAGUAAGAGAUUAGGAAUUACAUAAAUAGACGGGGUUUAAGGAACACAGUGGAAACAGAGGUGUGGAAAAAGCAAGCUGAUAGUUAUAUAGCAAAAAAAAAUGCUCUUCUCAUCAUUCUCAUCUGAGUGUAGGUGUUUUUUUAAGGUCUUCUUUUGGUUUCAAGACCACACCUAUCUAUCUUCCACACUAAGACACCAGUUACUUAGUGUAUGAGUACAUUUCAUUUCAUUACACGGUUGGGAUUGAAAACCCAUUAGCCCCUUAACUCCCCUCCCGCUCGGUCACACACCAGGAGGUAAACCUCACUCAAUGCUCCUCUAAAACCUGUCACUCCACAAUCUGGACCUGACCAGGAUAAUCCCUAAUUCAAGUGAAGGAGGAAGCCAUAGCCACGGGGCAGCACAGAAUCUGCUUGGAGGCUGAUUUCUGAAAGUGCUCCGAGCUCGCCCUAAAACAGAGCAUGGAGAGGAAAGGCUAAAAGAUGCCAUAAUCUGGCCACAUAUCCGUUGUUCUUCUGGAAUUUCUUUUUUCCUUUUUGUGGGUUUUUGCUUGGAAACAGAGAAGAAAAGAUCACACUGCUUGGAUUGUUUAUACCACUGAACUAGAUUUAGCAGAUCGUUAAAAAGAGCAGAAUGAAAUGUGCAUGACAGAGUGAGGAACUUGAGAGAGAAGUUGCUGCACUCAUAAUGGCGAUGCGUGUCAUCUCAGUUAAAAUAGCUGAAUACUUAGAACUGUGGACAGAUUGAAGAAGUGAAAGUUCUGGAGGUGCAUCCGUGCUCUAACCUUUUGCUGCAGGAGGAUAUUAAGUCAUGAACGGAUAGAUUUUGACAUUUAUUUGCAAAUGCUGUGCUGGAAGUGGAGAACACAAAGAAAGAGGAAAAGAGAAAGUCGUGUCCGGAGCGUUUGAGAGACCAUGUGAUUGUCACACAUAUUAUCCGCCUUGUGUUGGUGUGAGUCACAGAGGAAGAGCCACAGUGGUUAUCAAAUGAACACCCCGUCUGCCUGUAGAGCUGUGACAUGGCGCUGUGUGAUUGUGCACACUGGCACUGAGUGGCGUUGGAGACUCUGCUCUCUGUAGAUGACUGGAAGUGAUCAGGUGUGUGAGGGAGGGGCCAGGCAGAGAGAGGAAGAGAGGAGAGGAGGGAAGUUAUUUAGCUAAAGCCGUUUGUCCAUAGAAACGCUCCUCUCUUUGAUCAAAUCCCCACAACAGCAUACAUUCAUUGGGCUUGUGUGCAAGAGGUACGAACUGUGUGGUGAGAGCUGCUGGAAACCACAGGACCUUUAUUCGGAGGAACAGCUAUGACUUGUCAAAUGCAGUCAUUGUUUCCUGUUUUGGCCCAGGACGCAGAUCUGGCCCUCUGUCGCUGUGAGGAUGGAGUGGAGACGGCGCUGCAGUAUGCCAAAAUGUGGUGCCGCUAUGCCAAAGACCUCCUGGCCUGGAUGGAGAAGAGAAUCAGCUUGGAACAAGAAUUUGCAAAAAACGUGAUGAAGACAGCUGAAGGAGCAAAAGCCAACGUGGCACCGCAGGAAAUGAUGCCUCUGCAGUACAUCUACACGAUGGCGCUAGAGCAAGACAUCAAGAACAGUGUGACCUCCAGAAAGACUGCAGAACUGCUGCAGAACCGCUGUUACCAAGCCAUGGCUGCCAAGAAGAACGAGAUCGACAAGUGGCGCAGAGAGUUUAAGGAGCAGUGGGCAAGAGAACAAAGGAGGAUGAAUGAUUCAGUGGCAUCUUUGAAAAAGGCUCGUCAUCAAUACUACCAGCGCUGUGAUGAGCUCGAAAAGGCCAAAGCAAUCUCUGCUAAAGCCGUGGACGACGCAACUGGAAUGAAAACGCUGGAUAAGAGGCGGAAGUCCAAGGAUGAGGCCCAGAGUAAGAUGAUAGACGCAGAGCUUCAGUACAAACAGUGUGUGAGUGACGCCAGGAUCCAACAGGAUGAGUUGGUGAAGGUCAAAGAGAGAAUUAUUUCCCACAUUCGCAAGCUCAUCUGUCAGGGAGACACUGUGCUCAAGGAGGCCACAGUCAACAUGUUUUACUUCCAGCGGCAGCAGACAGAGCCGGUUCCCCUUGGCUAUCACAAUCUGGAGGUGACGUGCAGAUCCCUGGAGCCAGGUGAACCCUACCUGCUGUACAUCCUCAGCAAACGUCGCCCUGAACAACCUAUCCAAGUCUUCAGCUUCCAGGAGUAUGUUCCCCAGGGGAAAGGGAACAAACGGAAAACCAGCAACCCCCUCAGCUCUCUGCAGGACUAUUCACCUAUGACAGAUGACAGCACUUCCAGGCGACCCAGCGAUGGCAGGAGAUCAGGCUACAAUGACUGUGACAGUAUUGGAGGCAGUUUGGAGUCUCUUUCCAGCCCUGCACACAGUAACAGGAGGCUGCCCAAAACCGCAUCAACGUUGACAGUGUCAUCGGACGACUUGGACGAGCGGGACAUGGCAUCAGAAUCAGAGUUCAUUGACAGUCAGCCAGUCAAAGUGCGCACGCUUUCCAGAGCUGCACUGACUCACCGACUCAAGAAGAUGAAGAGCAAGAUGAUCAAAUGCAAGCAGUGUGACAACUACAUUGUUGUCAGCGGGGUUGAAUGUGAGGAGUGCGGGGUGGCUUUGCACAGGAAGUGUAUGGAGGUGUGUCAGUUAGAGUGUGAGCACAGGAAGGGUACUGUGUUCGGAGUGGACCUCUCUCUGCUGCUGCGUGACAGACCGGAGCAGGUGCCCUUUGUGGUGCUGCACUGCACGUCAGAGAUCGAGAGUCGGGCUCUCUCCGUCCAGGGGGUGUAUCGUGUGAGCGGGUCCAAACCUCGCAUCCAGAAGAUCUGUCAGGCCUUUGAGAUGCAAAAGGAGCAGGUGGACCUCUCUGACCUCUCACCGCAUGACAUCACCUCCAUCCUUAAACACUUCUUCAAGGAGCUCCCAGAGCCCUUACUAACCUUUGACCUGUACAACUCUUUCAUCGGGGUGGGAAAGAGCAUUCAGCACCUGAGUGAAAGGGAGCUGACACCAGACACUAAUGAGAUAAUGGACAUCAUUGACAACCUGCAAAAGCUACUACAGAAGCUCCCUUUAUAUUGCUACAGCACCUUGCAGCACCUCAUAUCUCACCUGCAAAAAGUCUCAGAGAACGAGGAAAACAAGAUGUCCCCCAGCAAUUUGGGCAUAGUGUUCGGGCCGACACUAUUGCGCCCUCUUGUGUCUACGGACAUGCCAAUGAUUGCCCUACUGGAGACCAGUUAUCAGGCUGUACUUGUUGAGUUCCUCAUCACGCACCAUGAAAAGGUUUUUGGAGUUCAGCAACGAUCCAGUACGCCCCCUCCCCCAGUCCCCACUGCACCUCUUCCAGACACCCCUCCCAGAGCUUCCUGUCUCCUAGAUGGGGAAGUUUACGCUGGCUCGGAACAUGAAACCUCCUCCAGAGAGCGUCCACACUCGCUAGAAAAUCGAACAAUCAAGAGAGAGUCAAGCGAGGGUUAUAUAUCUGACAAGUCUUCAUCCAAUGAGGCAGUGGACCAGCUCAGCUCUGAAGCCAAUGAGAGAGCAGUCUUGGCUGUGAGAGGAGCAUCCAGCCAUCCUCAGGGGGAGCCAGAGGGGGAACCAGAUUCCGAUUUGGCGACCCAGUCGCACUAUCGCUUCACCAGACAGCCUGUGAAGUAUUACCGGCAUCAUACCCCAGGAACCCGACUCCCCAACCCAGUUCGUGCAGCCAGACAACCUGCAGCACCAGUGAGGUGCAGUCCAGGGAGUGCAGACAGCAGCUGCAGCUCCUCUCCAGAGCUGGGGAUGCAGAGACGUUCCCAGAACUUAGAUGUUCACUACGAGCACACCCAGCAGACCCGCCAAGCCACCGCUGCUGCAGAAGGUAAAGUGGAUGUCCCACCGAGCCCCCGAGAGGUUGUGCAGUACAUGCUGGGACUGGACUCAACAUUUACAUCAGCUGCAUCAUCCAGUACAACACAGGAGUCUCCACAGCAGGUGGUGGCUGGAUGUCAAGCUGGUCAGAACUUAAGUCUGCCCAGUAACAGACCGAGUGCAGGACAGAGUCGGGUUCUGUGUCAGUCACCGGGGACGCUUCCUAUGGAGCACAACCUGUCCUCACCAGCCCAGAAGAUCCUGUCCGGCCUGAAGCUGCGACGCUGUCACUCAGGGAAGGACGAGCAGCUGUUUGUCUGA